UUUGCUUAGUACUCUGAGUGCCGCUGUUGAUCAGGGUUUAAACCUUUAAAACGUUUGGUCCUCCCACUAGCUUGACACUCACACACUCACACACUCCGGUGUCUUUCGUUUAGCGUAUUUACAGGAAGACUUCCAUUGCAUUGAGCAUACAGAACAACCAAUAUAACCCGGGGCUGCCAUGAAUGUUGGCUCUUAGAUACAGAAGAGUAUUCUCAUCAGUUAUCUUCAUCAAUCAUCUUUCUUUUUUCGUUUACGGAAUGGCAAUUCUUUGUUGUGAGGAUACAAAGAGAACCAUCUCGAUGCUGCGGGGUCGGACAUGGCAGACACAGAUCCUCGUCCUUUUCUUCCUUGUGCUGGAGGUUGCGCACGGUCAAGUCCGUUAUUCUAUUCCCGAGGAAAUGGCAAAAGGCUCUGUUGUUGGGAAUAUCGUUCAAGAUCUCGGGUUGGAUAUUAAGAGACUAAAAUCUGGUCGGGCUCGGAUCUUUACUGAGGACAGUCGUGAGUAUAUCGGACUGAAUGCAGAUAAAGGGACGCUGGUUGUGAAAGAGAGAAUAGACAGAGAGGAGCUGUGCGCCCAAGUCACUCCCUGCUCUUUACAUUUCCAGAUAAUUAUAGAUAAUCCUAUGGAGCUGCAUCGUGUAGAUGUGGAAAUUACAGAUAUCAACGACAACGCUCCUAUUUUCAUGAAAAAGGAAAUGACAUUUCAAAUUAGCGAAUCGGCUCUUCCAGGAGCUCGGUAUUCACUUGGUAGUGCAAAAGAUCCGGAUGUGGCUUUAAAUGCGUUACAAACAUACACAUUGCAUCCAACUGAUUUUUUUGCUUUAAAAACUCAGUCUCGUCCCGAUGGUACAAAAUAUGCAGAGAUGGUGCUGACGGCACCUUUAGACAGAGAGAAUAGCGAGGACCACAAAUUACUGUUAACAGCUUACGAUGGUGGUAGUCCUCAGAAAUCUGGAACAGUCAAAAUUCAUGUUAUUGUUCUGGAUGCAAACGACAAUGCUCCGGUAUUUACCCAGGCUGUCUAUAGAGUGUCUGUGUCAGAAAAUUCAUCGAAAGGUUCAGUCGUGUUGAUCGUUAGUGCAACUGAUGCAGACCAAGGUACAUAUGGGCAGGUGACAUAUUCAUUUUCCCAGAGUAGCGAUGGUGUGUCUGACCUUUUCGAUGUUGAUGCAAACACAGGGAGCAUUACUAUCAACGGUCUCAUAGAUUUUGAAAAAUCUAAAACAUACGAGUUGCAUGUGGAGGCAACAGACAAGGGUGGAUUAACUGAUACAAGUAAAGUACUCAUUGAUGUCACCGACGUAAACGACAACGCCCCUGUAAUCAGUGUAAUUUCCUUUUCUAACCCAAUACCUGAAAAUGCUGCUCCAGAGACUGUGAUUGCCAUGUUAAACAUUAAAGAUUUAGAUUCAGACAAAAAUGGACGUCUGAAAUGUACUAUUGAUUCAAAUUUGCCAUUUCAAAUUAAAACAUCCAGUCCGAAUUUUUAUAGCCUGAUAACAGAUGAAUCAUUAGAUCGUGAAAGGAUAUCUGAAUAUAACAUAACCAUUACAGCUACAGAUGAAGGAUCCCCUGCUUUAUCGACAAAUAAAACAUUGACACUAAAAAUAUCAGAUGUAAAUGACAAUGCUCCUGUUUUUCGACAGCAGAUAUAUUCAUCAUAUAUUACCGAAAAUAACUCACCUGGCCUAUCAAUUUUUUCUGUAGAAGCAUUUGAUAAGGAUUCGGGUAAUAAUGCAAGAGUUUCUUUCUACCUUGACGACAUUAACGUGGAUGGAGUAUCUACCGCAGAUUAUGUUUCUGUAAAUGCAGAAAGUGGUGUUAUUCUUGCUGCUCGUUCUUUUGAUUAUGAACAAAUAAAAGAAUUCCAGUUUCGCGUAAAAGUGCAAGAUGGAGGCUCGCCACCUCUCAGUAGUAACGUGACAGUUAAAAUAAUUAUUCAAGACCAGAAUGACAACGCGCCUCAGAUUCUGUAUCCAGUGCAGACUAGUGGCUCCCUGGUGGCUGAAAUAGUGCCUCGUUCAGCAGAUAUGGGCUACCUUGUCUCUAAAGUUGUGGCUGUUGAUGUGGACUCGGGGCAGAAUGCCUGGCUUUCAUACAAACUACAGAAAGCAACAGACAGGGCCCUGUUUGAAGUGGGCGCUCAGAAUGGAGAAAUAAGAACCAUUCGCCAAGUGACUGAUAAAGAUGCUGUGAAGCAAAAGCUCAUUGUUGUAGUGGAAGACAACGGACAGCCCUCUCGCUCUGCUACAGUCAGUGUCAACGUGGCUUUGGCGGACAGCUUCCCUGAAAUUCUCUCGGAGUUCAAUGAUUUUACGCACGGCAAGGAAUACAAUGACAAUCUGACUUUUUAUUUAGUUUUAGCUCUGGCUGUAGUGUCAUUCCUUUUCAUCGUGUCCAUAAUAGCCAUACUGUCGGUGAAGUGCUACAGAUGGAGACGUGAGCGGAUGUUUUGUAAGUCGAACGGAAAUCUACCGGUUAUUCCAUACUAUCCACCCCUUUACGCAGACGUGGGGGGCACAGGCACUCUACAGCACGUUUACAAUUACGAAGUCUGCAGAACCACUGAUUCCAGAAAGAGUGAUCUGAAGUACAACAGACCAUGUAGUCAGAGUAUCAUUAGUCUGGACAGCGCUGGAACACAAACACUGACGCAUAGGCAAAUGGAUAAACUGAGUCUUGAAGACUCUGAAAAGGUGAGCGGUGUUUGGGUAACUAUGCGCAAAUGAUCGGAACAUUUUUGUGUAUUAAUACAAUAUUUGUGUGUAUAUAUACAUAUAAU